AGACGAGUAUACCACAUGUAACAUACAUCGUAUCUAAUACGUAACAUAUAAUCCACACUAUGCCCAAUUAACGAUACAGCAAUCCAUUUCACAGAAUUACCCAGAGGCCCAUUCAAAUUCCGUUCGAAGUUUCCGCGCGCGAGUCACGUGACUCGGGGAUAAUAAUAAACAAUCUGUAAAAUCGUCGGAAUCACACAAGCAGAUAAAGUCAAAGGUGCGUCAAAAGCGAUACCGCGCGACACACUUAAUUCCCGACACACCUACUGACUUCAUUACCCCCUCGUCCCCAUCCGACUUGAAAUAAAAAUCGGCGCACACACGAUCGUCCCCGGACCCCGCUCCAUCCCUAAUGCGAAGAACAAUCAUCAAAGUCGCUACAAUCGUCCGGCGUCGCGCACACAGUCGCAGAAACGCUCGAAGACCGUUGGUUACUACGAGUCGCCACCACCAAAGCCAUCGUCGCUCGCAUAGGCACUAGCCCACCGUGAACCAGAGCGUUCGACGUCGAGCGGUGGGGGUAGCCAUCCAGCCGGUCGACUCGGUCUCCGCGCCAGGCCGAGCCCGACUCAGGCCGCGAACGUUGCCAGACCCGAGAAAGACAGUUGAGCUGCGCGCGAGUUCGAGCCGAUCCGUACGGCUGCUGCGUUCCGUGUCCGGCCACGGAUCCGUGACGUAGGGCCCCCGACCGUACCUACUAGGCACGUACCAGGAGGACUGGCCUGAGAUGGAACGAGGUACCAGACUGCUUGUGCCGUGACUAGUUGUGUCUUUGCCGUGCCAACGGACGGACUUCUGUAUACGUGACGCCUUCUAGGUUGCGCGAGAUAGUUCGUGGUCGAUACUCGAAACGUGAGACCGGUCGAGAACUUCGUUGAGAUUCCAGAGUGUACAGUUUUUGUUUACCAAGUUUCUCUCGAGUUUUCGUUCCUCUACGAAGUCCGUUGACGCUCAUUUUUCUUUGUCAACAUGGGUUAAGCGGCUCUGUUGAAUUCACGGGACGAACCGGGAAUCGAGUUCAAGACUGCGACAGUCGUUGCUCCGGGGGUUGUGUACGACAGGAGCCAUCUGGAAGGUGGUGUUUUUUUUUUUUUGAGGUUAAGCAUUGUUGAAGUUUUUCGGUGAUUUAAUUCGAAUGGUGAUCGAGUGUUACGGGUUCGAAGGAUGAUUGUGAGAAUUUACAUCUGACGACGUUAUAACCAAGUAGGAAUUUGUUGUUUCACUUGAAAGUUUUGUUCAGUUAUUGUGUCUACCUUUGGAUAAGGAACGGUCACGUUCAACUGGUCGCUGAUCCAGAAGUGGUUCUGGCGUUGUCGACUCCGUCUGCCUAGUACGCGACCGGCCGAGCAUUCUUUGCGGGGACGAGCCGAUAUUGAGUCGGGCCUGUUGGCUGGUUUACAAUGGGCUUACUCAACGUCCUGUGACCGUGUGUUAUUGGCUGUGCUAAGACGCGACGCAAUACCUGGUGAACUUUCGGGAACCUGGUUGAACUUACUUUGACUCGGACUGGAUUUCAUCGAGUGCCGGUGGUGUGCCUCCUUCGUGGAAACUCGCCUUGGCAGUUCUCUCUGUAUAGAUAUAUACACCGGUGGACAGGCUUCUGACACUCUGGGACUUGUCGCUCGGAAUAGACGAGGCUAGCAGAGUGCCGUUUUGUACAGACGUUGCUCCGAGACCUAAAGGCGCGUUCUCAAGUGACGAUCGCGGAACUGGUAUAUGAUAUACAGUGCAGUGUUAAAUAUUGCUGACUUCGUUCCAAGGUACCCAGCCACGUUUCCUUGCUUUGUAUUACUUUGGACAGUUCGAUUUUGACGGCUCUUGUCAUCGGCUAUUGGAAUUCGACGAAGUUUCCUUAAGCCUUCUUUUUUCUGUUUACAAUAACGCGGUACGGUCGCUCGGCGGGUUCCGACACUUAUUCCACGUCCGCGAACGUUCCAGCUCCAACGUAUCGCCUGACUGUACGUAAACGACGAAGAAAAAGUCUAAUUGUACUUAAAGGCAUAAUCGCAAGGUGUGCGAGAGCUGCGACCAAGUGUCCAAGCGAUACGAAAUUUUUUCGGUGUGGACCAAGGUGCGACGGUGUGAGAUACGUUUGAGACCUUUAAAGAAAAAAUCACCAAUACAAGCGAAUCGAUAUUCGUAUCCGACUUGGAGCCCGAAGGUCAAAAGUUCACGUAACCAGUAUUGCCGUUGAGACCAAUCUAACUCAACCCUAACGGAGUACCUUAAAUAGACCAAAAUAAUUGACAAGAUCAAUAAUUAAGAGAUAGUGCAAUAAUGUUUAUCAUCCUAAAGAAUCUGUCGAUCUGGCGGAUUAAGCGCGUUAAAAAUAAUUUUGCUUUAAAAGUUUAAAUAUUCCCGCCACCGGUGACGAUUCAACCCGAGGUCGGAAUCUUCGUGAGGUGGACGGUACAGUCGCGCGCAAAAGUUUCGUACGUUCAGAAUUCCUCGCGAACUUUGUUAUCAGUCGAGGACCGACUUUGAUUUGUGAUUAGGGUAUCACACAAGGAUAUCAAUAUCGAACGAUGUUAUCAUACGUUCAAUGAGUUAUCAGUGAUCUUACGUGUUUAUAUACAUAUAUAUAUAUAUCCGUGUGGAAUAAGUGGCUGUGAGAGAAAUUGUGCCUGUGACAAAAGCCGGGAUAACGCUUAACCUGUCACAAAAAUUGUGAUAACGUUAUUUUAAAAGUGCUUUGUGGAGAGCCACGUGGGAUCACAUGAAAAACCGUUUUCGCUAUCAGGAAGAUUGUUUCUCGAUAACCUGUGGGGACAAACGAAAAAAAAAGGGACCUAAGGAGGAAGGAUCAUUAAUAUCGUUUCUGAUCAUCGCGCCAAGAACCCAAGUCGCUUUAUUGCUGGCGCUUACAGAAGUCGCGUUCUAACGGACCAACAAGUGCGAGCGGGGACCUCAGGGCUGUCUUGUAAUUUCUGGUGCCCCGUAUGGCGAUAGUCAAGGAAAAGAGACGAGGAUUGUGGAGCGCUACGAAAAAAUUUUUUUCAAUGUGAUUACAAUUGCAAAAUUUCUUUAUCGACUUGAAGUACUGAUCUUGACGUGCAACAAGUAGAGAGCGUCGGCACGUGACGCAGGGCCGUCGGUACUCGUCGAACGUAAUCGCGCGAAUGCUCUUACGCAAGUGAAAACUGGAGGAGCCGCUGGUGACAUUAACCGCGAUAACUCGCGCUGCGUUGAUAAGACUCGAAAAGUCCCACCACAUUGCUAUUUCCUAUUAGACCCCCACCUUCGGGCCAUAUUUCCCCCUUGUUUACUCUCAGGGUCAAUUCGGCGACAGUUGCGCUCGGACGGGGCCUCAGGAAGUAUCGAUCCGGAUCUGGAGACUCUGAGACCAAUUUCUUUUCUCGGCUGUGAUAACGACUGUAAAUUACGUUAUCGGCGAAAGUGCUGGCUGACCUUGGGAUCCAAGACAAAGAAAAUCGUCGACCAGGAACGUACGACGAGGGGGCUGAUUUUCGUCGAUCCUGAUGAUCGGUUUCGCUGAGAGACGUGAAAUAAGAAAAUUGUCUUGAAUGACUUUCCUAUUCUGUGGUUUUGCCUUCGACUUGGCUGACGAGAAAGUUAAACAAAUGCCCGUCGCGUCAGACGACUGGGUUCCGCACCCGGCGAAAAUCACCAGCUCCAUCACCACUGUCAAGGGUACCACCAUACAGAAUACCACCACCACCGCCUGGAUGUCACCCUAUAGUCGGGCCGGACCACCUGAUAGGGGUGCUGCCAAUAAUAACAAUGGCGUCGUCAUACUCGAGGGGUGCAGACCACCCGCUGCUACCACGGCUAGACGGUUUCUUAGGUGGUUCAGCAGACUCGGCCAGCCCCCAAUUGGCAAAUCAGGGGUGCUGGAGAUGGCAGCCACUGAGAGUACCAUCAGAUUCAGCGGUCACACCCUGGACAAGGCUACCAAGGCCAAGGUUACUCUGGAGAACUACUACAGCAACCUCAUAGCCCAACACAUAGAGCGGAAGCAGAGACUCGCAAAGCUCGAAGAGUCCCUCAAGGAUGAGGGUCUGUCGGAGCAGCAGAAACAAGAGAAGAGACUUCAGCAUGCACAGAAGGAGACGGAAUUUCUGCGGCUGAAACGCUCACGACUUGGCGUCGAGGAUUUCGAACCGCUUAAGGUCAUAGGUCGAGGUGCGUUCGGCGAGGUCAGGCUAGUCCAGAAGAAAGACACUGGGCACGUUUACGCCAUGAAGAUAUUGAGGAAGGCAGACAUGCUGGAAAAGGAGCAGGUCGCUCACGUAAGGGCUGAGAGGGACGUCCUGGUGGAAGCUGAUCAUCAGUGGGUAGUGAAGAUGUACUACAGCUUCCAGGAUCCCAUUAAUCUGUAUCUCAUAAUGGAGUUCUUACCUGGAGGUGACAUGAUGACCCUGCUGAUGAAGAAGGAUACGCUUUCUGAGGAAUGCACGCAGUUUUAUAUUUCCGAGACGGCGUUAGCCAUCGACUCCAUACAUAAGCUAGGUUUUAUUCAUAGGGAUAUCAAGCCAGACAACCUGUUGCUGGAUGCACGGGGCCACAUAAAGCUUUCAGAUUUUGGACUGUGCACGGGUCUAAAAAAAUCCCAUAGGACAGAUUUCUAUAGAGAUCUAAGUCAGGCAAAACCAUCCGAUUUCAUGACGUCCUGCGGAUGCGGAAGUGGCGGUCCAAUGGAUAGUAAGAGACGAGCUGAGAGCUGGAAAAGAAACAGAAGAGCACUUGCUUACAGUACAGUUGGCACUCCUGAUUACAUAGCUCCCGAAGUGUUCCUACAGACUGGAUACGGACCAGCCUGUGAUUGCUGGUCUCUGGGUGUCAUAAUGUACGAGAUGCUCAUAGGUUAUCCUCCGUUCUGUAGCGAGAAUCCACAGGAGACUUACAGAAAGGUCAUGAACUGGCGUGAGACACUUGUAUUCCCACCGGAAGUACCUAUAAGCGAGGAAGCCAAGGACACCAUAAUUAGGUUCUGUUGCGAAGCCGACAGACGAUUAGGUUCGCAGAGAGGAAUAGAGGAGCUGAAACUAGCCCCGUUCUUCAGGGGUGUCGAUUGGGAACACAUCAGGGAACGACCUGCGGCGAUACCGGUCGAGGUGCGCUCUAUCGACGACACGUCGAACUUCGACGAGUUCCCGGAUGUCAAACUCGAGAUACCCUGCCGUUUCGUCUGUGCAGCCUCGGCGCCGUUGCCCCAGGAUGGCGAGGUUAUAUACAAGGAUUGGGUGUUCAUAAACUACACGUUCAAACGCUUCGAGGGUCUUACGCAACGCGGCACGCCCACCAAGAAAUAGCAAGUACCUUCGUCGUCGAUCUGCACUUUGGCAAACGGCAGACAAUGCAGCGAUCCGAUUGGCAUUCCGGUCCUGGUACAUCAUCCACAUCCGACAUCAGCGUCGUCAUUCGUUACGUCAGCGACGACGUCGUCAUCGUCGCCGCGUAACGACGACUGAGCUGUGUCGUGAAUUCGUUUCUUUUAAAAUGAAUUUCUCGGCUUUACUUUCUUUCCAAAGGGAAGACGAGGAAGAAGAAGAAUAAGAAGAAAAACAUGUCUUUCUCUGUACAUAUAUGUAAAUGCGGAACCUUUAGGUACGCGAAUGUGCGCAUGCGCGAGUCGUCAUUUAUCAUCCCGUGAACGAAACGGUGGAAUCUAAUGUCAACGUUAUAGAAAGACAAAAGCUGCCGAUGAAGUUAGAGCUUUGUGGAUAGAGGGCGAAGAAGAUUGAAAAUUGAGGAUGAACAUCUUUUUUGAACGCGAUUGCGCUGCGUAAAAGUUCGGAGUGACGCAAAAGUGCACAAUAAAUAAAAUGUGUAAAUGGAUUUGAUCUUACGCUAAGAGAUGGCGCUGCGCUCGCGUGACAAUGAAUCAUGAAGUUUUCUUUUUUUUUUUCGUUUAUCUCUCUGUUCUCGUUAUCAAAAGGCGCAGCGCUAUUGUCCAAUAUUCGCUAUUUGUUCACGAGCCGAUGACUUUCAUUUGGUUCUUUUAAUUCUUUUCGUUUUUCAUUCUUUCUUCCGCGUUUCUCGGAGACGCUUGAAUGAAAUUCGGCGCGCAUAGCAUAAUAAGCUCUCUGUGGUAAGAUAUAAUGAAAUACUUGGAGUCGGAUUUAAUGGAGGAUUCUUUGUAAUUCAUUAUUAUAUACGGAAAGACAUACUUUGAAGUUCGUAGCACUGUAAAUCGUAUAUCUCUAAGAGAAUUCUUUGUGAAUUCUAUGGACAAAAUGUGUGACUGAUGAAGAACGUUUAAAUUAUUGGUUAUUUGGCGAGAUCGAGAUACGCGUUUCAUUAAAUUUAAUAUAUAUUUAAAGACGUAUAUAGUUUUCCUUUUUCUAUCGAUUACGUGUUGGCAACGCUUAUACAAACGCGCGUACGCAAAAUUCAUAUACACGUAAUUCUAAAAAAAGAAGAAGCACGCGCGACACUUCUUUGUAUCUAAAAAAGGCAAGUUUGUCAAUUUCAAUGGGGAAUUAUUCUCUUCUUUUAAAAAGAAACUUUUUCACUUUUCGUCAUUAUCCUUGAGAGCUUUUGUGUCUUAGCAAUUAAGCCUGCAUUUGCUUUUCGGCGCUUUCACCAACGUAUGACCUUAUAAUUAUUUAACCUUUUUAUCGAGUCCAAACCCCUUACCCCAUCUCAGGGUUAAUUUACAAUCUGCGUUUGCAUUGCCAUUUUAUAUUCUAAAUCGCUCAAGUCAUGCGUGCUUCGGAUGUCGCAUACGCGUGAAAAAUGAAACCGCGAACAAAGGAUUUUCGAAUUUAACGCGUCAUACGAGUAUUAAUAAAUUGGAUAUAUAAUUAAAAAUUAAAGAAAUCCUAUUUGUCCAUUUAAAUAAUUGUUCGCAAGUCCGACAAAGAGGUGACUCAGUCGAAGCUUAUUAAAUUGGAAUAUAGUUGAUUAUCCAAAAAAGUUUCCUAAAUUUAAAGGAAAAAUACGUCGUCGUUACGUUUUUGAGGUUAAAUUGUCUCUUUUUUUUUACUCAGUCACAUUGUAUCUCUCACUCACUCUCACGUUGUUUCUCGUUACUUUAGGUCAAAUACGGCAAGCGAAUGACAUUUCCUUAUUCUCGAUAUGAAAUUUUUCUUACGCAAUACAUGUAAAUUAUAUGCGCGUACGCCUUUGUGUUAUUUUUUGUCUCUCUAAAAUUCAAUAAGCAUUCGCUGAGUUUAUGCGCUUUUUAAUAUCCUCUGAAAUCUCUCUCGGCUUUUAUACGGUUUUAACUCGUGAGAAAUCGGCUCGACGGUACUAAUUCUCUCUAAAAAAAAAAAAAAAAAAAAAAAAAAAAAAAAAAAAA